AUGAUGAGAAUGAAUAAGAACAGCCGUAUUAUCGUCAAGAUGAAAAAUCCCACCAGGAACAGUGAUGAUAAUAUUAUUCUGCUGUCGCCCAACUCGACUUUCUCCAGUGAACAAAUCUCGACCCGCCAUCUUAUAGCCAACAAGAUGGACUCCUACGAUACAUCUGAGGCCGGGUUCUCUAACCCCCUCAUUCGCGAUAAUCCGUUGCUCUCUCCGUUAGAGCAAGAGGUUCUGGAUGAAUACUCGAAGCUGCUCGAGAACAUGAACAAACUCUCUACGUCCCUCAACGAUCUCGCCGUCCAGCCGUCCUCUGAUACUCUCGAUGCUCUGCGGGUGUUGGAGCGGAAAACAGCUACCGUUUAUACCUUGCUCAAGGCGAGCGUGUACAGCAUCGUUCUUCAACAGCAAAUCUACAAUGGUGGGGAUGAGGGCCAUAUUGGAGACAACUACCUAAGCUUAGACGAGUCUCUACUUCACUUCUACGAGGACGCAUAA